ACUCUCUUGUUUUUAUUCGACAACUCUUAUUUAUGAUGUCGAUUUUUAUAAAAUUGUGUAUAAACAUAUAUUACUUUAUCUCUAACCUUAGUUUAAUAAGUUUGAUAUCGAUUAGUAUCCUAACAAUAAUAAUUUUUGGAGUUUAUAGUUGGUAUCUAAAUAAUGGAAAUAAUGGUAAAAAUCCAUUUUCAAGAGAAUGUAUUAGACCUCACUCAUCACUUGUAGUUGGGAAAGAUGAGCGCAAAGCGAUCCUCAAACAGAAAUUUUUAUCUGCAAGCAUUCCUUCAGAACUUGAUGCUAUUGUCAUAGGAAGUGGUAUUGGAGGAUUGUCUUGUGCAGCCUUACUUGCUAAAGCUGGUAAAAAAGUUUUGGUUCUUGAGCAGCAUGAUCAAGCAGGAGGAUGUUGCCACACGUUUAUUGAAAAAGGGUUUGAAUUUGAUGUUGGUAUUCACUAUGUCGGUGAGGUUGAAGGAAAUACUUUGAUGAAAAUCUAUAUUGAUCAAAUCACAGAAGGACAACUUAAGUGGGCUCCUGUUAAUGAUGUUAUUGAUUUGGUGGAGUUUAAUCAAAUAAAUGGCAAAAGAAAAACUCACAAGUUUCUCAAAGGCAGUGCAUGGAAAGAAGAAUUGAUGCGAACUUUUCCAAAUGAACACGAUGCCAUCAAUAAGUUUUUUGAUGCUAUGAAGAUAGCAAGACAGAUAUAUUCCCAGACCUUUAUUAUAAAAAUGUUACCAAUUUGGAUUGUCAUGAUUUUAAUUAAAACUGGCAUAUUUCACUUAUUAUCGCAUCUUCCUAAUUUUUGUUCAAAGUCAUUGGACGUAUUUUUAAGUGAACUUACAACAAAUGCGGAGCUAAAAGCAGUGUUGUCUUAUUCAUUUGGAGAUUACGGAACACAACCACGGGAAAGCCCAAUGAUAAUGCAAUUAAUUUUAAUGCAGCACUUUAUAAAUGGUGCAUUCUACCCUGUUGGCGGAGCGAGUGAAAUUGCUUUUAACAUAAUUCCAGUUAUUGAGAAAACAGGUGGCAAAGUACUAACUAAAGCUAACGCUGUAGGCUUUGUAAUCGAAGAUGGAAAAGUUACAGGUGUUAAAAUUGAUGGGAAAAGUGAACCAAUACACGCUCCAAUUAUUGUAUCGGCAAUCGGAUUUAUUAACACUUUAUCAAAACUGCCAGAAACUUAUAAACUUGGUUUUACUGAUGUUUUACCAAAGGUAAAGAGUAGUCAUGGUGCUAUAUCUAUCUUUGUCGGAUUGGACGGCUCAAAUGAGGAGUUGAAUCUUCAAGCAACUAAUACUUGGGCAUUUACAAACACAGAUUUUGAUAAAUCUCUUGAUGAAUAUUUUGCGCUUCCAAAGGAGCGCGCUGGUCUAAAAGAUAUUCCUUUGCUAUUUAUUUCUUUUCCGUCUUCAAAAGAUCCAUCUUGGAACGAAAGAUACCCGGGCAAGUCUAAUUGCACAAUAGUUACUCUUGCAAACUGGGAGUGGUUUGGCCAAUGGGAAAAUGAAAAGAAAAGAAAAAGAGGCAAAGAGUAUGAAGAAAUUAAAAUGCGUAUUGCGGAGCGUUGUUGGGAACAAACACUAUUAUAUUACCCACAACUACGUAAUAGAAGAAUUUAUUUUGAAGUUGGAACGCCAGUAACAAAUAAAUAUUAUCUCGGGUCAAAUAAGGGAGAAAUUUACGGUUUAGAUCACUCCCUUGAUAGGUUUAGUCUCGAAAUUAUUGCAAAACUUCGACCUUGCACUAAAAUUCCUGGUUUAUUUUUGACUGGUCAAGACAUAGCUACAGCGGGUUUUGCAGGAGCUAUUCAUGGUGGUUUGUUAACAGCAUCUGCAAUUCUUAAUCGAAAUUUAGAAAAAGAUUUAAUUGAAAUUCAAAAGGAAAUAGAAAGCUCUUGCAAAAAAAAUUACUAAAAUUUUAGAUUUUUUUAAAACUCAAUAAAAGCCAUCUAAGAUUUUGUUAAAGCUCCGUCCAAAAUGUCUUUAAUUUUAGCAAACUCCAACUCAGUGGUCACAAAGCAUGUUAUAUACUUCUAAAACACGUAUUAAUACGAUUUCUUAAAUGUUUUAGACGUCUUAAACACGUCUUGUGCCCAUUGGGAAGCAACUACCUGAAGUUUCAUUAAGAUAAAAUAAAUGUUAGAUUGUGGUUAUAAAAUAUUAGUUACGUAUUUAAAGGCUUUGUAUAUUUGGUGUUUGUUUUUUUAAUGCUUGUAAAUCUUGAGGGCACGUGCGUAAAUUAUAAAACUUUUUCAACAUAUUUCUAUAUAUAAA